CAACGCUCUGAAGGCUCUGAAGGACGUUUUCGCACGGAAUUGGGCAUGUACAGUAGAAAGCAUUAGAAGCUCAGCUGAACGCAGUCCGUCGACGACAGCCACCAGGCCUCCACCAGCAAUGUCCGCCGACGUCAGGAAACUCCUCAAACAGGCCCGUGCAGCACGCUCGAACCCAACCUCCGCAACGGCUCGCAAAUCGAACCCAACGCCUGUACGCCAUGCCCCACCAAAAACAACAGUAAACUCACGAAAACGGCCACCAACAGAAACACCCGUCACCGCAACAUCUUCAUCAUUCGCCGCCACUCAGAAACAUAGCGCUAAGCGGCGGAAAACUGAGGUGGCGGGAUCGGAAGGUGGAUCAUUAGGGGACAGUGGGGGGGCGACGGCGACGGGGAACGAAGACGAUUCUACGACGGAAACCGCAGUGCUCCCGCCAGGGUUCUUCGACACCACCUCCGAUUCCCCAUCACCACCUAAAUCAGAGCACGAGGAUGCACCGCCCCCAUUAUCCGACUCCACCUCCGCCCCAUCCGAUCCUCCAGCCCUCCCCUCCAACUUCUUCGACACACCCACGCCCGCUGCCACCUUCCUCGCCGACUCAACUUUCAACGCCGAAUAUGAGGCCUUGAAAAAAGAGAUCGAAGCUUCCACCGCCGACGCGCAGGAUGCGGUGGUUGCGGAGGAGGAGGAGGAGGGUGUGGAUCGCGAUGAGGAGAUGAAAAGGGAGCAGCGGGCUUUUGUGGGGAGGGAAGCGAAGGCAAGGAAUGGGACGCAGACGAUUGUGAGAAAGGCGUUUGAGGAUGAGGAUGUCGAGUAUGCUUACGAUGAUGAUGACGAUGACGAGGAGGAGGAUGCGUAGGAAUUGAGAAAGGAAUCGGGAUGCAACAUGCUCAUGCUAUGGUUGUAAACCCGACUCCUGUCGUUCAAUUCGGCAUGGGACACGGCCCUAACAC